AUUUGUUUUUAAAGUGACAUCAUGACGUGUGACGUGACGUUUCGGGCACGCCCCCUUGUUCGGAACGAAUUGCGAAUUCCGAACGAAAGGGACAUGCGCGCGCGUUCACUUCCUCCACUGCUCCUGGUUCUUUCUGCGGUCUGUCUGUGUUGAUAGCAUAGAGGUUGAUAGCGGCUUUUGCUUCCACGCGUGCAAUCUUUUCUAUGUGAAGCUCUCUCUCUUGGAACCCGUGUUCAAGCUCAUCCCGCUCAGUCAGAAUAGGUGUAAAGCCAUAGAAACCGACAACCAUGGGGGCUUAUCUGUCGCAACCUAACACGACCAAGACCUCUUCCGAUGGCGGCAACAGCAACAUGAGCUACGGUUUCUCUGCCAUGCAGGGCUGGCGCGUCUCCAUGGAGGAUGCUCAUAAUUGUAUCCCAGAGUUUGAUGAGGAUACAGCCAUGUUUUCUGUGUAUGAUGGACAUGGAGGUGAAGAGGUGGCACUGUAUUGUUCAAAGUACCUUCCUGACAUCAUCAAGGAACAGAAGACUUACAAAGAUGGCAAACUGCAAAAGGCUUUGGAGGAAGCCUUCUUGGCCAUCGACCGUAGAAUGAUCAGAGAGGAUGUCAUUAAGGAGCUCAUCCAGAUUGCUGGACGGCCCACAGAGGAGCCGCCCGUUGAAAAGGUGGCAGAGGAGGAUGAUUUGGACACAGAGGAGGCAAGUUUGCUCCACGAGGAAGCCACAAUGACCAUAGAGGAGCUGCUAGUACGCUAUGGUCAGAACCUUAAUGCCGUCAAGCAUGCAGCUGCCCUCAGUGCGGCUGCUAAGAAGGCGUCCUGCUCGCACCCUGAGGCUUCGGGGGACAAGGGGGAAGAUGGGGAAGGACAGAAGGAAGGAGUUAAUGGAGAGGCGGAGGAGGCGAGCAAUGGGAAGGUGAAAGAAGGCGAAGCAGCGUCAUGCGGGUCGAAGCUGCGAGCCUGUCGGAGAACAGGAGGAGGUGAAGGCAGUGGUGCAGCAGCUGACUGUGGAGAGUCAGGAAGCUCCAAUGGAGAAGAAAAGGCUGGUAAAGCAGAGGGAGACGCAGGUCCGUCCUGCUCCUCUUUGUCCUCCAAUGCUGCUGGAGAUUCCAAGUCUAGGUUUUUUGAUGACAGUGAGGAGUCUGAGGAGGGAGAAGAGGAGGAGGGCAGUGACGAAGAGGAUGGCAGUGAAGAGGAAGAGGGUGACAGUAGUGAGAUGGAGGAAGAGGAGGAUACAGAGGAGGGAGAGGAAGACUCUGAAGAUGAAGAAGAGGAGGAAAUGUGCCUACCUGGAAUGGAUGGCAAGGAGGAGCCUGGCUCAGACAGCGGCACCACAGCUGUCGUCGCUCUGAUCCGAGGAAAACAGCUGAUUGUGGCCAAUGCUGGAGACUCUCGCUGUGUGGUUUCUGAGCGCGGCAAAGCUGUCGACAUGUCGUACGACCACAAGCCAGAGGACGAGCUGGAACUAGCUCGCAUUAAAAACGCAGGAGGGAAAGUGACCAUGGAUGGACGGGUCAACGGCGGACUGAAUCUCUCCAGAGCUAUUGGUGACCACUUCUAUAAGAGGAACAAGACUCUGCCUCCAGAGGAGCAGAUGAUUUCUGCCAUGCCAGAUGUUAAAGUUCUGACGCUUAAUGGGGACCACGACUUCAUGGUCAUUGCUUGCGACGGCAUCUGGAAUGUGUUGAGCAGUCAGGAGGUGGUGGACUUCAUCAGCGAGAGGAUCAACAAACCAGAUGAGAAUGGCAAAGUCAGAGUCCUUUCAUGCAUAGUGGAAGAGCUGCUGGACCACUGUCUGGCCCCUGACACAUCUGGAGACGGGACAGGAUGUGACAACAUGACCUGCAUCAUCGUCACCCUCCGGCCACACCCGUCCCAUCAGCCAGACGACACAAAGAAGAGGAAGCACCCAGAGGACGCCGAAGAAGCCAAGCCGGAGAACGGAAACGACAGCAAAAAGGCUAAAAGCGACUAAAGGCAAAGAGAAACUGUCCCAGAGGGAGCAGCUGGUCCCAGGCUACCCCAGAUACACCAGAGACGCAUUCUGUUCAAAAUGUAACCCUUACCUCACAAACAUCAAUACACCCGUAAACAGAAAUUACAAUUCCUCUACAUAUGCUCGAAGACCGGCUGAACUAAGCUCAUCAGUAUAGUUUUUUCCCCUCUGUUUUAGGCCGAUUACUUUAACACCCCCUCCAGUUGUUUCUUUUCAUUUGUUCUCGCUGGAUAUAAGCUGGACACACUUUUACUUCUUAAAUUCCCAAGAGGCAGAUUCAUAGGCAUGCUGAAUAGCACAUCGUUUUCUAAGUUUUCGUAACUAGAAGGAAGAUGCGGCACGAACCGGUCUACCGGACAUGCACUGCACUCUGUCAUUGUUCAAAUCUUUUUCCACAAGACUGUUUCACGAUUAUGUUGAGGAUCGCUUUCAUGUUGACAUGUGUCUGAUUGCUGUUCACAUUUUACAGAGUGACACAUGCAGUUUCAUUGCAAAUUUGCAAUAUAUAAUGUGCAUGUUACUUUUCCCAAUAUGAAAUCAAACAAUGCUUUCUGUGUGUUGUGUCCAAAUAACAAGGCAUUCAUUGUAUCUCAAAGUGCCAUUAAAAGCAUCAAUUUCUUUCAUAGGCACCAUUUCACAUCCUUAAAUUAACUAGACCCAGAGAAGAGAACCGAAAUGGCUGCCGGUAGAUUUUCAUUGCGUAAAGGUAAUUAUUAGUAUUAUUGUCUUUUGUAGCCCAAAAUGAAGAUUCAAGAAGCAGUAGGGUGCGCGUGCUAGUCCAGUGUGGCACUGAAUGAGUUGCUUACCUGUGUCAGGUUCCUCUCCCAUAUCACACCCUGAGUUUGAUCGGGGCAGUUUGUGUGAGUCAAAGUUAGACUCCAGUAAGAGGGACCCAUGGGUUUGGGGUACUAGUCCAGUUGCUGUUGUUUGCCAUUUAUAUAUAUUUUCCCCAUUAGCACCCAUUCACAAGUGAUAUGUUUUUUUCUGUCUUGCUGGUCACAUAACAGCCCAAUAACCAUCAUCUUUAUUUUUCAUUCCUGCUUGGUGUCUAGUCUUGAUCCAAAUCUGUAAAUGUGUUGACGGAGAGGAGACGCCAGGGUUUUGUGAGCUAGUGUACUUUUCAUCUGUAAGAUCUGAUAGCAAGGAAAGUCACAGAGAGACCAGACAAAAAACACUCGCUGCCCUUUGUCUGUGUCCAUCCAGAGAGAGGUGAUGAUUAGAGCUCUGGACUGGCCCUCCACACACAGCUCGCCUCCACCCCAUUUACUUUUCCUGUCUGUCCCCCGUUUCCAAUGUAACAUCUUUUUAAGAUCAUCUCUAGGAAAUGUAUUUUAAGUAAAAUAAGUAUUUCCACUCAAGUGUUUAAUUUUUCAUUUUUGAUGUACUGGUAUUAGUUAUUGGAAAUUAUUAAAAGAAAAAGAAACCGGUGAGAAGUCAUUUUGUGAGAACGCUCAGAAAACGCCCUGAUGCUGGGCAGUGGAGAGGAUGCACAAGGUUACCUUUUGAGUGGAAAUACAAGUUGAAGUUCAGAGCACCAAGGCAGUGUAUGAUUAUUUUUUUGUUUGUCCUUUUUUGCAGACUCAUUUAAAUCAUAUUGUGACCGUAAGUUUGUUUCUAGUGUACUAUCUUGUCACCAUGCCCUUAUUUCUGUACAUAGUUUUUUUUCAAUACUUAUAACUGAAGAAAAGAAAAUGCUUUUUCUUUGUAAUUGUGAGUCAUGUGGCAUUUUUGGUGCAUACUCUUUUGACACCAGUAUGUAAGUACAUACAAAUACAUUUUUUUAAAUAAUGA